AUGCCUUCCGAUCCGUCACUUCUAUCUUGGAAUGGAGUUCGCUUGUUCCUUAUCUGUUCCCUUCUCACUGCUAUGACCAACUUCCCAUCAGGUACACUCUAUGCGAUUUUUCUUUUAAGCUGUUACUUGUUCAGGAUUCUCGCACACCUCCGUAAACACGGCUGUCCAUAAGCUCAAUGAGUACUUAAACAACUCGUUCACCGAACGAUACCGUCCCCUAGACCAUGAGGAAGUCUCUCUUCUCAAGUCUGGCAUCAAUUCGGCCUGGUAUCUCUUCCAAGUGCUCGGAGCAAUGUGCAGUCCGUUCCUCUGCGACACCUACGGCCGAAAAGUGGCAUUCGCACUCUCGAUCGCCUUCAUGACGGUUGCUGGAGCCAUGCAGAUGCUCGCCAGUUUCACGCCCUACUCGGAAGUUCUGAUCGCUGGCCGUCUCAUCGCCGCCGUUUUCUCUCCACUCAGUGACGCCGCCCUGAUUCUUUACCUUCAGGUACACUCAUCUAACCUUCAUUUUUUAAACGUGCUCUCUUUUUUUAGGAAAUCUCUCCGGCUUCGCUGCGUGGAACGAUGUCCUCUCUUUAUUCGACCGGAUAUUCGACGAUGUGUCUGCUGGGCAUGCUUCUUGGCCACGAGUCUCUGCUCGGGCAUUCCCUUUCCGUGCUUCUCUUCGUGCCCGUCAUCCCUGGAAUCCUUUCGACUGCAUUCAUUCUUUGGAUGCCGGAUACUCCCAAGUUCCUGUUGCUAGUCAAGAAGGAUAAGAUCGCCGCUUUGAAGUCGCUUCAAUUUUUCCAAGGAGAGCUUCCCGAUCAGGCACUGCUCGUUGAUUCGAUGGAGCAGCACCAGAAGGACGAAACGGCGAACAACAACAACAAUGAGGAGAAGGUGGAUGAGACUGGAACUUCGGUCAUGCACAUCGUCACGACUCCGCACCUUCGGAAAGCGAUGCUGCUCUCUGUGGCCGCAGCCGUCCUCACUCUUCCCUUCUACCCGAUUCUUCAGAGCAGCACUUUCUUCUUCACCGACAUGGGCGUCGAUAUGUGAGUUUAUUCGUAACUAUUCACACAUUCAACGUUUUCUUUUUAGUAAGACCUCGCAAAUGGCUUCUAGUCUGAUGAUGGUUGUUCUGACGGCAUCCUCGGUCUGCUCCACUCUGAUCAUCGACAAAGUUCGCCGAAGAAUCCUCCUUCUCACGUGCGGCUCGUGCACUGUGCUCUUCUUGAGUAUCUUUGCCAUUGCCGAGCAGUUGCAUCAGCAGACAGUUGCAAUGGGAGCGUGCUUUGGAUUCGUCAUGGCCUAUGGGUACACGAUCAUUCUGCCUUCCUAGUGCUCAUCCUAAUUGUUUAGAAUCGGAGUUGGUCCCGUCAUCUGGUCGAUCCCACCGGAGCUGUCUCCGCAAGCGAACCGAUCCAUGAUGUUCUGUCUGGUCUAUUCGAUCCACAGCUGUCUGGUUGUUGUCACAAACUUCUCGGCAAUUCCUCUCUUCAUGAUGAUCGGCGCGUUCUCCUUCGUGCUUCUUUUCGCCGUCCCAUCCUCACUCGCAAUCGUCUAUCUUUUGAUGUGCCUUCCUGAAACAAGUGGUCGAGAGAUUCACGUGAUUCUCAACGAACUGAAGGGAAUCAGUGAGGACAAGGAGCCAAAAACGGAUCUGAUAACUUCGAUCGCCUAA